AAUAAAAUUUACUUGCUUGUAAUUUGCAAUUAUACUGUAAAUCAGAUCUAUGAUGCAUUACAUAAGUUUUAAUCGCUCCUUACACUCAUCGUAUUGUAGGUGUAUUCAAUUUAUGCAAUUCUAUGAAGUAGAUACGCAAUCGUACGAUUAAUUCAUAAGUUAUAAUAGUUAAAAUAAGAAAUUAAUGAGAAAAGCAUUCAUCAUGGACAAUGUGACUUCUUUAUUUGGUUAAAAAUAUUACUGUUACUAUUUGCAAAAGUUACGAUGCUUUUUUGUCAUCUCUUACUCUCACUCGUUUUGUCUCCAUGACAAGAGCAAACAACAUUAAUAAUUUUUAUAAAGAGUUUACUCGUGAACUGCAAGCGUGAUGCCAGAAACUGCGAUCACUCCGAAAAGCUCGUCUUCCCUGAGUGUUUCAAUAAGCUCCAGGGAAGAAUCGAAUCAAUGUUUUACCAAGAAAAGAUUGACACGAUGCAUGCAACAUAAAUUUCUUACAUAUUCGCAACUUCCCAUAAGAUGUCAGAAACCCAGCCGAUACUAUCGUCCGCCAAGGACCUCCUUCAGAUUGGCAAAUCUCACAACCAUCAAUCAUACAGCUACAAUUAAUACGGCGAAAAGUUGUCCGGACAGUUCAACAUGUUCGAUAUUACGUGCAAUCAGUGCGUCACGUUACAAAAAGAGUUUAUCCAUGAUUGACUUUUCACCUUUAAUAAUGGAUACUGAAUAUGGCGAUUUUAGAUCGGACAGUAGUUCAACUAUAGAAAAACUUGAUGAAAGUGAUAAAAUGAAAGAUACUAUUGGUAAUGAAAUGGGUGUCGGUAUUGGUAUCAAAAAGUGGAUGGAUGGAUUCGUAACAUCAGAACCGGAGGAAUCGUAUUCCCAUUUCUUUCAAAAUCCAAAGAAAGCAGCAAUUUUGGUGUGUCAUGUGCUUAUGUUAAAUGCAUGGAGACGCAGACGCAGCGAUGUUCAAUAUCUUAACAGCACAAUUGACGAUUUAAGCCAGCAAAUUGAACAUUUGCAUCUACAAAUUGUCGUUUUGCGUCGAUUGCUCGAUACGGAGAAUAGUCGUGUCAGUAAAUUGACCAGUGAUGUUCACCGUGCCAAAAUGCAAUUUGACGAAGUACUGAAAGAAAGGAAUACUCUGAAAUCGGAAAAAGUAAAAUUGGAUGAAGAGAUUCAACGUUUGACCGAGCUUUCCGAGGAAAGGCAAGUUUCAACGGAGAAUAUGCGAAACGAAUUAAUCACCGCGCAAAAUCAACUUCAAGCGGUCGACGAACAAAUGUCAAAGGAUCGAGAAAAAUUGCUGAAAUUACGAGAGGAUAAAAGGAUACUUUUAGAAAAGAUAACGGCUAGCGAAACAUUAGCGGCGGAACGAGGAACAAGAGCAGACAAAGCUGAAUCAAUCGUGGAGGAUUUACAGAUGAAACUUGCCACACAGAUUGCUAUGGUUGAAUCCUCGCAGGAACAGAUAAAACGAUAUUCAAAGGAAUUGAAAGUUAAAGAGGAUGAAAAAAACAAGUUAAUUAAGCGCUUAAAAUCAUCCGAAGAUGCAGGGAGAAAUCUAAAUAUGCGCGCCAUUUCUUUAGAAGCACAACUGGUUGACCGAGAGGUAGCCUUACAAAAUAUGCAAGCAGCGUAUAAUACGCAAUUAACCGAAUUGAGUGAAUUGAGAGAACGUUUAAUACGUCAAUCUCAAGAAGGGGGAUGGAGUAGUAGAAUGUUGCAAUUAGCUGGUAGCGUUGUACGAGCGCCAAGGGCUAUAUUGCGUACUUUACUAUCGGGCCCAGUGUUGGUUUCCUAAAGAUAGCUUGUUGCUGUUCUUGUUCAAGCGUGAUUGCGUUAAACAAAGUGUUCAAAAAAUGGAAUUUCGAGGGUGAUGGUGUUGGUUGUUCGAUAAGAGGAAAGAGAAAGGGAAGAUUUUAAGUGUGAAAAGAGAUUUUACGUUGAGGAAAAAGAGAUAUAUGUGAUCGCAAAAAGACGAAAGGAACGAAAAUCAGUUUCAAACUGGUAGUAAACUUUCCGGAUACUUUUAUCAUCGAAAUUAUAAUAUUUUUUAUUUAUAUUUUUUUUUCUAUUCAUAUACUUUCUGAUAUCGUAAGCUAUAUAAGCAUUUUAAAUUGAAAAGAAAUGAUAUAAAUGAUGAUUAUAAAAAAAAGUUACUAAUAUUAUGAUAUUAUACUAGAAUACAGACAACUAUUCUGCGAAACUAAGGAUGGAUAAAUAAAUGCAGAUAUUGUACAUUUUUUAAAUCUAUAUUUUAUCUUUUUUCGCGUAACAUGAUAAAAUGAUAAAAAUAAGAUACCGUCAGAAUCGCUCAAUGAAGAUGAUUUAUUUCUUUUUAUUAUGCAAUUUCGAAUAAAUAUAUUCAAUAAGCAAUUAAUAUGUAUAUAGACAAUCUUAAUUGAUUGUAUUUUACGUAACGUUUAAGUAUACAUUUUUAACCAAGAUAAAUAAAUUUUUGUAAUAGAGCGAUACUCAUGGUAUAAUAUUUUUUUCAAAAAAACACGUUACAAUAGAUCGUAAAAUCUAAGUAACCACGUACGAGUGACACAAAUACGACGUGUCUGAUCACAUUUCUUAUUAUUAUGUACUUAAGUACAAGAUAACAUUGAUUUUCAUUUUGUUCGAUAACAAUAUGAUUUCUGCGGUAUAUUUUUUCAUGCUUCUGCCAGUAUAGUAAACAUCCUUUCUUAUUUGAGGCUUUCGUACGGUAAGUGAAGAUACGGCACAAAUUUUAGUGGAAGAUUCAUUCUUAUUAUCACAAAAUCGUUUUAUAUUUGAAUUGUUGUUGGAUGUAAUUUUAUGUAAUAUUUUCUAGACGAUCUAAAACAUCUUUUAUGCAUAGAUUAAUUCUGACAACAAAUAAUGUUGCCCUACAAUCUUGAAAUUCGGUCAUACUCAUUGAUUUAUUACUCUUCAAAAAUUUAUAAAGAAACAUGAAAAUAAAAAAAAUGCUUGGUGCAUUUUUAUUUGCAAUAAAAAAAAUUUGUAAAAAUUAUACUUAUGGAUGUAAAAAAAAUCUCAUCUUUGAUUGCUCUGUAAUAUCAGAGUUAAAAAAAAAAAGAAAAAAAAAUAAAUAAAAAGAAGGAAAUAAAAGACAAUAAUGAAAAAAUAAUACAUUUUCAAAAUAUUUUUUUCUUCAUUCAUUUAUAUAUUUCUAGCGAAGAGUAAAAGACAAAAAUACUGAUUAGGUGAAUGACCUAAACCUCACAACGACCUUCUCAAACUUUAUAAUAUAUAUAACUAACUUUAGCUAAUUCGGCAACUAUAAAAAAAUGUUUCAUUGUGUAUUAAUAAAUUGUACAGUUGAUUAUAUCGAAUUUGAUGGCUUGAGGAACGUGUAUGUAUCUAUUUUUAUGAGUAAUAAAAUUUAGAAUAUUUUAAACUAUAACAAAUCUUGAUACAAUAAAUUGAGCAAUUUUGAUAUUUCUAUAAGAUUGCUCUUUGUAUCACCUUUUUAUAAAAACGUUACCACAAGCCAGUAAAAAUAUUAAUAUCGUUAUUUAUGUUUUGAAAUAUAUUGGAUUGUUAUAUUGAUAGUCAUUU